AUGCACGUCCUGGGGUCGGAAGACCUCGUCGCCCUCAUUGCGAGCUUCCGCGAUGGCCUCCUGCAGGCGACGUUCGAGCUCAAGAGAGCCUGCCGCGGCUGCUCGGUGCACGUCGAACGUGCCCCGUACGAGGCCUACCACGCCCGCUUCCAGCCAUGGUUUGCCCGCUACGGCACGUCGCAGCUGCUCAAGCUCUGCCAAGUGCACCUCUUCGUAUACGCCCUCGACUAUGCCAACAUGGACGUGCUGCGCUGGUUCCAUACGACCCAUAAUCUUGCGUGGGGACGCGCCCCGUUUGGCUGGGACUUGCGGCUCCUCGAUGCGUACUUUUGCCCGGACAUCGACUCGCGCUACUACUUCAGGACGGUCGGAUCCUCGACGCUCUAUGCGCACCCACAGGUCGUGACCCAAGCGGCGAUACGCAACCACGUCGAGAUCCUCGCCAUCUCGCUCGAGAUUCAGUGCAACAUGCGCAGCGUCUGGAUCGAGACGUGUCGCCAUGGCCACGUCGCGGUCGCCGAAUUUGCGCAGCGCGCAGGCUUCAUCGGCUGGUCGUAUCAGCACCUCAACGUCGCCGCGCGCCAUGGGCACUUGGACUUGAUCCGACACUUUCACGAAAUGGACUUUAACGGCUUCAACGCGGCGACGAUCCGCGCCGCCGUCGACAGCGGUAACCUCGCGCUCGUCCAGUUUCUUCUCGCACAUCGACUCGAGGUGACGCUCGAAGACGCCAUGUGCCAAGCCGCUGCGAGCAGCCAGCUCGACAUUCUGCGCUGGCUCGUCACGCAGCCGACAGCGCCGUUCUACAUGCGCAAGGUGCUCAUGGCUGCGUGCGCCAACCUCUGCAACGACGUGCUCGCGUACCUCGAGCACGAACAUGGCUUGCAGCCGCCACCCGCGGAAACGAAGCGCCUAUCUCGUCGACGCCAGCGCCAGCGCACCUCGUAA